UAAAGGAGGAGCUACCUAUGAGUCACUGUCAGUUGCCAUUAGAGAUAUGAAUGAGAUUGCAGUAGCUGAAAAUAUAGAAAAAGAGAAGUGUCCUGAAGUUCUCGCUGUUCAAGUUUUCAAUAAGCACCUUCCCCUCCUCUCCAAGUCUCUUUCUGAUCCUGUUAGUGUUGCUAGGUUGCUUUAUGGAGAGCGUGUAAUAACACAGACAAAGUUAAAUAGUGUGGAAGAUGAUGGUUUAUCUUUUUCUAAUAAACGGCGGGUCCUGUUAGCUGUUGUCAAAGAUGCUAUUCAAGCUGAUCAUGUUGCUUUACAAAAAUUCUCUAUUAUUUUGCGUAAUUUAACAGAUAAUGUGAAGCUAGGGGAAGGUAUUCUUAGAGAUUAUGGGUUAAUUUUUUACAACAGUGAAGAAACUUCACUCAUUAAAGCUGAAGAAGGUAGACUUUCAAACUACUGAUACCCUUAAUUAAAAGAUAUUGAUGGUUAUAAAAUUAGCCCAUUUAAGUUUAAGGCCAAUCUGAA